UCCACGGACAGGCAUAUCGCAAUAACCGAUUGUCACGGCAAGUGUACCUUCAUCGCGCGAGCACCAAGAUUAUGAGACUAUUUAUGCUAGCCAUCAUGGUGGCCAUGGUUUGGGCCUCCUACGAGGAGGAGCACGGCGGAAGCACGUACCAUGAAACCUCGAAGCCGGUGGAGAUUCCGAUUUAUAAAAAGUACGCGAUACCGAUUCCGCAUCCGGUCCCAGUUCCGGUGCCUCAGGAAAUCAAGGUUCCGAUACCUCAGCCGUAUGAGGUUCAAGUCGCAAUUCCGCAUCCGGUUCCCGUCGAGGUGGUCAAACACGUCGAAAUCCCUGUGGAGAAGCCGGAACCGUACAUCGUGGAGAAGAAGGUACCGUACGUCGUUGAGAAGCCGUAUCCAGUGACAGUGGAGAAGCAUUUUCCAGUGCCGAUACCUAAACCAUACCCAGUUCACGUGCCGGUGUACAAACAUGUUUUCCAUCAUCAGAGCUCGGGGCACGGCUGGAAACAUUGAUUCAAGCCAGCCCGAACAACUCCCUGCAGUAUCUUUAUGCCAAAAAUAGUAACGAAGCUAUACGAGAGCAACGGUAGAUCGUAAGCGUUAUGAUAUCUGUACAUAGUUCG